AUGGCAUCCAACCAGGAGCAGGCGAGCUACCGCGUCGGCGAGGCCAAGGGCCACACCCAGGAGAAGACGGGGCAGGUGAUGGGCGCGGCCAAGGACAAGGCGUGCGAGGCCAAGGACCGGGCGGCGGGCCUGGCAGGGCACGCGUCCGGCCAGGGUCAGGGCGCCACGGACGCCGCCAAGAAGAAGGCCGUCGAGGCCCAGGAUAUGACGUCCGAGAUGGCGCAGGCCGCCAAGGACAAGACCGUCGAGAGCAAGGACAACACCGGCAGCUUCCUUGGCGAGAAGACGGAGGCGGCCAAGCAGAAGGCGUCUGAGACGGCGCAGUACGCGCAGGAGAGGUCCUCCGACGCGGCGCAGUACGCCAAGGAGUCCGCCGUCGCCGGCAAGGACAAGACCGGCGGCGUGCUCCAGCAGGCCACUGAGACGGUGAAGGGCGCGGUGGUGGGUGCCAAGGACGCGGUGGUGAACACGCUGGGCAUGGGCGGCAACAACACCGCCAACACCGGCAAGGACAACAGCACCGUCACUGAGAAGAUCACCGGCAGGGAUCACUAG